UCUUGGUGGGGUUUUGAAGAGAUUCAGAUUUAUGCUUUCUUUUCCUUCAUGGAGUUCAAAAAGGAAAAGCUUGUCAGGUUUUAUUCUGAUGGGAAACAACAUAAAGAAUCUCUGUGGGGAAAAAAUGACCUCCCAAUGCACCUUGAGAGGUCAUCAUCUGCGUACAAGAUUGCAUUACCUUCUGUGUUAAAUGGGUUGGAUGGAGGCAGAAAUCGACUGCCAGAAACAAGCAAAACUGGGUGGUCUACACUUCUUGUACACGAAAAUGAACCAUGGCACAAGAGAAUACUCGACCCAGGUAGUGAUAUUGUGUUGCAAUGGAACCGGGUAUUCAUCGUCGCAUGCUUGGUCGCACUUUUUGUUGACCCAUUGUAUUUUUACUUGCCUUCUGUGGGAGGCGAUGAAAAUGUUUCAUGUGUGAAGACAGACUAUGAGUUGCGAAUUGUCGUGACCUUGUUCCGGACUGUAGCAGAUCUUUUUUAUUUGUUGCACAUGGUUAUAAAAUUUAGGACAGCUUACAUUGCACCAAGCACUCGGGUGUUUGGAAGGGGUGAACUGGUCAUGGAUCCAAAGAAGAUUGCCCGGAGGUAUCUUAGAUCUGAUUUCUUCAUUGAUCUCAUCGCAACCCUGCCUCUCCCCCAGCUUGUCAUCUGGUUUAUUAUACCAGCAACAAGAAGUCCCCGAACAGAUCACAACAACAAUGCCCUUGCAUUGAUCGUUCUGAUUCAGUAUAUUCCCAGAUUGUAUUUGAUUUUUCCAUUGAGCUCUGAAAUUAUCAAAGCAACUGGAGUGGUCACGAAGACUGCCUGGGCAGGGGCUGCAUAUAAUCUGUUACUCUACAUGUUGGCUAGCCAUGUUCUGGGGGCAGCAUGGUAUCUACUCUCAGUUGAUAGGUAUACAUCAUGCUGGAAAAAAAUGUGCAAGAAGGAAACUAGCCCUAAAUGCAUUCUUAACUAUUUAGAUUGUGAUGCUUUUAACCAUCUAGAACGCAAGAUAUGGGCAAAUAGUACAAAUGUGUUUAAAACCUGUGAUCCAAGGAAUUCAGCAAGUGAUUUCAACUAUGGCAUAUUUGCAAAUGCAGUUACAAAGAAUGUUGUGUCCUCAGUCUUUAUUGAGAAGUAUUUCUAUUGUUUGUGGUGGGGCCUGCAGCAACUCAGUUCGUAUGGGCAGAAUUUGUCAACAAGCACAUAUAUUGGGGAGACAGCAUUUGCAAUACUUAUUGCCAUCUUGGGUCUGGUUCUAUUCGCACAUUUGAUUGGGAAUAUGCAGACAUAUCUGCAAUCUCUAACUGUGAGAUUAGAGGAAUGGAGACUUAAGCGAAGAGAUACUGAGGAGUGGAUGAGGCAUCGCCAACUCCCUGAAGAUUUGAGGUAUCGUGUUCGCCGUUAUGACCAGUACAAGUGGCUUGCUACUAGAGGAGUUGAUGAAGAAUCCAUCCUUCGUGGCUUACCUGCUGAUCUUCGCCGUGAUAUUCAGCGUCAUCUGUGCUUGGAUCUUGUUCGACGUGUUCCAUUGUUCUCACAGAUGGAUGAUCAGCUGCUUGAUGCAAUAUGUGAACGUCUAGUAUCUUCCUUGAGCACUCAAGGUACCUACAUUGUUCGAGAGGGUGACCCUGUGACUGAGAUGCUGUUUAUUAUCAGAGGUACACUGGAUAGUUCAACAACUAAUGGAGGCCGUACUGGUUUUUUCAACUCAAUUACACUGAGACCAGGCGACUUUUGUGGGGAGGAGCUACUUGCCUGGGCUUUGCUUCCGAAAUCCACCGUCAACUUGCCAUCUUCAACUCGAACUGUUAAAGCUCUAGUCGAAGUUGAAGCUUUUGCCUUGAGAGCCGAAGAUCUCAAGUUUGUGGCUAACCAAUUUAGACGCCUCCAUAGUAAGAAGCUGCAGCAUACAUUUCGGUUUUACUCCUACCACUGGAGGACAUGGGCAGCUUGCUUCAUACAGGCUGCUUGGCGCCGGUAUAAGAAGAGGAAGCUGGGACAUAUGCUCACAACAACGGAAUCCUUUGCUCUGGAUGAGAGAGAGACCGAUGAGACUGGACAAGAGGAAGAGGAGGACCGUUACCCUCCUAGUUCGAAUUCCUCUCAGGCAAAACUGAACCUUGGGGCUACCAUACUUGCUAAAAGAUUUGCUGCAAAUACAAGGAGAGGAGCACAGAGACUGAAAGAUGUUGAGAUGCCAAAAUUACAAAAGCCUGAAGAACCCGACUUCUCAACUGAGCCUGAUGACUAGUUUAGUUACUAGCAUUAGGCUAGAGUCUAUAUAACAGCCUCCUCUUCCUCUGCUAAGAGUUACAAUAGGUGGCUUCUAAAAUGCCACAUUUUACACUUCUUUGCUCAACAGUCUGGAACUAAUCUUGGUGGUUGUGUUCAAGUACAAGCAAAAGCCUUUCAUUAGGAAUUUGGGGCUGUGAAGAGCAAAUGGUGGGGCUAUUUUUUGUGUCCUGUUGGUACCUGUAUAUUGUUUGUAAUGUUAUAUUUAAUUUAACUUGUUAGCUUUAUCAUUCUUGAUCAAGCUAAUUACAGCAAUGAAACUAUUGGCCAUGAAAUCUACAAA